AUGCGGGUCUCUUCUCCCGGGACGCUCCGUCUGGAGUUAAAGGACGAUGAAAAAGAGGUCCUUAGGCGACAAAUCGACAUUCCAGAGUCGCAGAUGAGCCGCUUGGCUCUUUUGUAUACAUGCACAACACCCUAUGAAUUACUUCUUCUGGUUAUCAGCUCAAUUGCAGCCAUCAUUGGGGGUGCCCUUCAACCUGUGUCCUUUCUCCUUUUGGGAGGCUUGGCUCAAGCAUUCAAAGAGUUCUUCAUUGGAACGUCUUCAGGAUCGCACCUUUCAUCCCUGGUCGCGAAAUUCGCCCUUUACUAUGUCUAUAUCGCCAUCGGACAAUUUGUUUCGGUCUACAUCUCGACAGCCGGAUUCAUGGUUGGAGGAGAAAAGAUCACCCAAAGACUUCGAGAGAAAUACCUCGCCGCUAUCCUUCGCCAAAACAUCGCAUUCUUCGAUGUCCUAGGAGCUGGAGAGAUCACAACCAGAAUCACCUCGGACAUGAAUCUGAUCCAAGAUUCGUUGACCGGCAAGCUAUCUCUGACUUUGUACUCCUGUUCCAACUUCGGGGCAGCGCUCAUCAUCAGUUUCGUGAAAAGUUGGCGUAUGGCGCUUAUUCUGAUAUCGGCCUAUGUCGCAGAAACUGGAUCAAUGAGUUUCUUCUCUUCAUUCAUGGUCAAGUAUACCCACAAGUCACUGGCGGCAUAUGCAGACGGAUCGACAGCUGCGGAGGAAGCCAUCAGUUCAAUCAGGCACGUAACUGCGUUCGGGAUUCAAGACAAAUUGGCCGAUCGGUACCAAAAGUUUCUCACCCAGGCCGAGAAAUAUGGUCUUAGAAGUCGCAUUGCUCUUGCGGCCAUGAUGGCCGUCAUGAAUGGUGUCAUCUUCUGGACCUAUGGACUGACAUUUUGGCAAGGAUCUUGUUAUCUGGUUGUUGGAGACGUGGAGCUGGGGGCGCUGAUCACCAUCCUCCUUGCUACCUUGACCGGAGCGUUCACAUUCGGUAACAUAGCACCCAACUUCCAAGCGUUUUCAACCGGUAUAGCAGCCACAGGAAAGAUUCUUGCAACAGUAUCUAGGGAAUCACCACUGGAUCCAUCCUCCACCGCAGGAAGAAGACUGGAAGCUGUGUCCGGGACGAUUGAGCUCAAGAGCAUUCGCUAUGUUUACCCCUCGAGACCGGAUGUCCUCACUUUAGAUGAUGUGAAUCUUCGAUUUCCAGCUGGCAAGACGACGGCCAUUGUCGGUGCCUCUGGUUGUGGGAAAAUACUCGAUGGCCACGAUAUCGCGUCUCUUAAUUUGCAGUGGUAUCGCCAACAAAUAGCAAUCGUGACACAGCAGCCCACACUCUUCGCCACAACUGUAUUCCAAAAUAUCAGAUUUGGUCUGGUCGGCACCGAGCACGAAAAUUCCCCUCCUGAUGUGAUAGAAAGCCUUAUCUUCAAUGCCGCCAAGAAGGCGAACUGCUUUGAUUUCAUCUCCGACUUGCCGAAGGGCUUCCACACCAGUGUCGGAGAAAGGGGCUCCUUGCUUUCGGGGGGACAAAAGCAACGAGUCGCCAUCGCACGGGCUAUUAUUAGCAAUCCAAAAGUCUUGCUACUGGAUGAGGCUACUUCGGCUCUCGAUGCCCAGGCCGAGAGGCUGGUACAGGCGGCGCUCGAUGUUGCUGCUAAAGGUCGGACAACGAUCACAAUCAGUCAUCGACUAUCUACUAUCAAGGCGGCAGAAAACAUUGUUGUUAUGUCUCACGGGGGUGUUGUUGAGCAAGGAACCCACAGCGACCUACUUGAGAAACGAUCAGUGUAUUACGAGUUGGUGGAGAAGCAGCGCAUGUCCACGGAGAGAGAUGAUGGCCCCAGUGAAGAAAAGUCCACGUUCGAUGUAGAUGCGGAACUCCCCGGUUCGAAAGAUGAGGGAAAUGAGUCCAACAAGCACGCGUACCAAAUUGACCAGGACCCAGUUUCUGAAGGCCAGGAGGGAGAUUCAGACGGCAAGGCUGACGGCAGAUACUCCUUAUGGGAGUUGAUCAAGUUCGUCGCCAACUUCAACAAACAAGAAACAUUCACAAUGCUUUGGGGCCUGUUCUUUUCGGUCAUUACAGGCGCAGGAAACCCCACGCAGGCUGUAUUCUACGGCAAAGCUAUCGCGGCAUUAUCCCUGCCUCCGAAUAUGUAUGGACAGCUCCGCCAUGAUGUCAACUUCUGGAGCUUGAUGUAUCUGAUGCUGGGAGGUACUGCAUUUCUGGGGUGGGGAGCAUCAGGUCUUUGUUUUGCCUACUGCUCCGAGCGCUUGAUUCACCGUGCCAGAGAUUCUUCCUUCCGCGCAAUUCUCCAUCAGGAUAUCUUCAUGUUCGACAAACCUGUUUUCUCGGCCGGUUCGCUUACAGCGGCAUUAUCCACGGAUGCUACCAACCUUGCUGGGAUGAGUGGAGUCACACUGGGCUCUAUAUUCAUUGUCUCGACGACAUUGGUUGCUGGAGUGGCUUUGUCGAUUGCUAUAGGUUGGAAGCUGGGACUCGUCUGUACCGCAACUAUUCCCAUCGUUCUUACUUGUGGUCUCGUCCGACUGAAACUCCUUGGGGAAAUUGCUCAACAGUCAAAGGCUGCAUAUGCCGCCUCAGCAACCUAUGCUUGUGAGGCAAGCUCUGCUAUCAAGACGGUUGCAUCGCUAAAUCUCGAGACCCAUGUGCAAAAGGAGUACCACACCAUACUGGAAACGCAACGAAAAAAGUCAGUCAUUGUAACGCUAAAGUUAUCCAUGUUUUAUGCGGCUUCCCAGUCGGCCAACUUUCUCUGCAUCGCGCUAGCCUUUUGGUAUGGAGGAAGUCUGGUCAUCCACGAAGGCUAUUCAAUGGUGCAGUUCUUUAUUGCUUACGCUGCGGUUAUCGCCGGCGCAUUCAGCGCCGGAGCGAUUUUCUCCUUUGCGCCAGAUAUGAGCAAAUCCCGUCAAGCAGCCCAAGAUAUCAAAACGCUGCUAAGUCGACCUGUCACCAUUGACGCCCAUCAAGAGACUGGUGAGCAGUUACCGAAAAUGGAUGGCAGCUUAGAGAUACGAAAUCUCUAUUUCCGAUACCCUAACCGACCGGAGAGAGUGGUUCUGAAUGGCAUCAGCUUAAGUGUACAAACGGGACAAUAUAUAGGUCUUGUCGGGGCAAGUGGAUGUGGGAAGAGCACCAUCAUUUCUUUAUUGGAGCGGUUCUUCGAUCCAGAAGCCGGAGAAAUCUUGGUUGAUGGAAAAGACAUUUCAAAGUUGAAUGUCAAGAGCUACAGGAGCCAUCUUGCUCUAGUUAGUCAAGAGCCGACACUAUACCACGGAACAAUUAGGGAGAAUAUCAUCAUCGGGACCGACGACGAUAAUCUUUCCGAGGAGAGAGUCAUCCAAGCAUGCAAGGACGCCAACAUCUACGACUUCAUCGUCUCCCUACCUGAUGGUUUCUCGACGGUUAUAGGCGCGAGAGGCAGCAUGCUCUCUGGCGGGCAGCAACAGCGGAUAGCUAUAGCGCGAGCGCUUCUCCGUGAUCCACGCAUACUCCUCCUGGACGAGGCCACUUCCGCGCUCGACUCGGAGUCGGAAAAGGUCGUCCAGGAUGCACUGAAUGCCGCAGCUCAAGGCCGAACGACAGUCGCUGUUGCGCAUCGCAUAAGUACGGUACAGAAGGCCGAUUGUAUUUAUGUGCUGCACGAAGGCAAUGUUGUGGAACAGGGGACGCACCAGGAGUUAAUGGGGCUGGGGGGAAUAUACUUCGAAUUGGUCAAGCUACAGAGCUUGGAGAACAUUUGA